GGAGAGUGCGCGGGAGCCGGGCGGUGUGGCGCGAGUGCGCAGGCGCGGUCGGGGGCCGGGCUGUUCCUCCGGAAUCUCGGCGAUCCCCAGUCUGCGCCUCAUCCCGAGCCUUCGCCAUGGCCGCCUACAAGUUGGUGCUGAUCCGGCACGGCGAGAGUGCGUGGAACCUGGAGAACCGCUUCAGCGGCUGGUACGACGCGGACCUGAGCCCGGCGGGGCAUGAGGAGGCGAAGCGCGGCGGGCAGGCGUUGCGAGAUGCUGGCUAUGAGUUUGAUGUCUGCUUCACCUCAGUGCAGAAGAGAGCCAUUCGGACUCUCUGGACGGUGUUGGAGGCCAUUGACCAAAUGUGGCUGCCAGUGGUGCGGACCUGGCGCCUCAACGAGCGGCACUAUGGCGGGCUGACUGGCCUCAAUAAAGCAGAAACUGCCGCCAAGCACGGUGAGGCCCAGGUGAAGAUCUGGAGGCGCUCCUUUGAUGUGCCGCCGCCUCCGAUGGAGCCCGACCACCCCUUCUACAGCAACAUCAGCAAGGACCGCAGGUAUGCUGACCUUACUGAAGAUCAGCUACCCUCCUGCGAGAGUCUGAAGGAUACGAUUGCCAGAGCUCUGCCCUUCUGGAAUGAAGAGAUAGUUCCUCAGAUCAAGGAAGGGAAGCGGGUACUGAUUGCCGCCCAUGGCAACAGCCUUCGGGGCAUUGUCAAGCAUCUGGAGGGUCUCUCUGAAGAGGCUAUCAUGGAGCUAAACCUGCCAACUGGAAUUCCCAUAGUCUACGAGUUGGACAAGAACUUGAAGCCCAUCAAGCCCAUGCAGUUCUUGGGGGAUGAAGAGACCGUGCGUAAAGCCAUGGAAGCUGUGGCUGCCCAGGGCAAGGCCAAGAAGUGAAGGCGAGCAGACAGGCUGUGUUCCUAAGGACAUCCUGCCUGCCCAUCCCGUUCCUCUGUACCUCUCCCCUGCACAUGUCACACUGACCAUCUGUAGGUAUCUUAUGUUUUAGCUGCAGAUGGAAACUGGUGGUUCCCAAUUUCAUUUUUGCCAUCCUGUCUCUUGCACCCACUCCCUUCAUACAGUCUAGUCAAAAUGGCCCCUCUGGGGUGAGGGUCCUCAAGCCAAGUUCUCAUCCAAGAGCUGAGAGGUAGUAGCUGGGGUUUUUGCUAGUUCUUUGUUUACUGAGGGCCGGCUGAGGUAGGGGAUGGGAGGAGCCAUGCUCAGGUGUGACCAGUAGAAAGCCAGAGAGCCUGUCUGCUCCUGGGAGCCAGUCCUGCCCCAUUGUGUGGCCAGGUGGCUGCCUGGGGGCGUCUAGCCAGUGGAAGAUGAAUGCAACCUGCGUGGUGAUUAAAACAAACAUUUCCUCCCUGAGGAGCUGGCUCCAGGUUGGGGUCAACCCCAAAUGUUGUGUGCAUCUACUUUUACAAAAAAAAGAAGUGAAAUAUGUAUAUGUUACAAAAAUACAAAACAAAAUCCCUCCUGAAGUGUUCUAGUGGCGGGUGAAAUAUUCCCAUGUGUGGUCAUUAGAAAACAAGCCAUUCCUCAUACUAACGUGGGGUGCGCUCCUUGACAGCAGGAGUUCCUCCUGCUGUGUGUUUUAGAAUCCCCCUUACUGUCUUGUGGCAGUGAAAUGCUGCUUGAUCAUGUCCAAAUGUGUCACUGUCUGACUUCUAAAUCAUGUUCUAGUUGCUUGGUCCUCAUUUUAAGCAUAACUGUACUACAUUUUUUCCAGACCAGUAUAAUAAAGGAGUGAUGUGCAAUAUU